GUCUAAGUGUCACAGAAAUACCAAAUGUCGCGAUGUCGCAGCGUCAGAAAUGGCGCGAAAACACGAAAGCGUCCUGUAGCCAAGUGCUACAAAACUACUUCCGGGUCAACACUGCUCAAAGGUCAAUCAGCUGGUACAAAGGGGGCGUGUCCACAAGGCAAGUUUUCAGGAGCUCGUAAAAAGUUCUGUUCAGCGUUAAUCAUGGCGAAUGUUACCAAGAAGCUUCUGGACUCGGUGGAGACCUGUGUUGAUGACAUGCUGGAGGGUCUGGUGGCGGUAAAUCCUGGGUUACGCCUGCUGGCCGGCCACCGUGUGGUGUUACGUGAGGACUGGGAGGAUGUCCGUGCCAACAAGGUGGCCGUGGUGAGUGGAGGGGGGUCUGGACACGAACCGGCUUAUCAUGGAUUUGUAGGGAGUGGCCUGCUCACUGCAGCUGUUCCUGGCAACAUUUUUGCCUCCCCUCCUCCUGAUGAUGUGCUAGCCGCACUACGGGCAGUUACAGGACCAGCUGGAGCCAUUGUGCUAGUUACCAACUACACUGGAGACCGGCUGACGUUUGGGAUUGCAGUGGAGCGUGCGCGUGCAGAGGGCCUCCAGGUGGAGAUGGUGUGUAUAGGAGAAGACUGCGCUGUCUCCAGUAAGGACAAGACAGCUGGGAGAAGGGGACUGGCAGGGACAGUGUUUGUUCAAAAGAUUGCAGGAGCUUUAUCUGAGGAGGGCAAAUCCUUGGCUGAAAUAGUGGAAACAGUGAAGAACACAAUAAGCAGUAUGGGUACCAUGGGGGUCUGCCUGUCACCCUGCAGUGUGCCUGGGUCAGGGCCUAUGUUCCAGGUGCCACAGGACACUAUUGAGCUUGGACUAGGUGUCCAUGGUGAGGCAGGUGUGGGAAGAAUGAAGAUGGAUACAGCUGAAAAGGUAGUGGAAACAGUACUCGCUCACAUGACCAACCCAGACAACACCAGCCGUAUUGAAGUGAAGAAAGGGGACAGUGUGGCACUGCUAGUGAAUAAUCUGGGGUCUACUGCGUACCUGGAGCUCUAUAUCAUAGCCAGAGAUGCCAUCAAGUACCUGGAGGCCCGCGGUGUGUCUGUGGAGAGGACGUAUGUGGGGCCGUUUGUGACGUCACAGGAAAUGGCAGGCAUGUCCCUGACCCUGCUGAGACUGGAUGACACCAGGCGCCGCUGUCUGGAUGCUCAGACCACAGCUCAUGCCUGGUUUCCCAUGUGCCCCUCCCCCAGUACGGGCACCCUGCGCACCACCAGGACAAGGGUGCAGCUCUCAACUGACACUCAGCAAGCAGCAACCGUAAUUGCAGGUGCCACAAAGGUCGACAAAGACACAGCCCAGCAGAUCUUCCGUGUUGUGUCUGCUGUCUGCAACUCUCUGAUGACAGCAGAGGAACAGCUGAAUGACCUUGACCGGGCCUGUGGAGAUGGGGACUGUGGCAGCACGCUGGCCAAAGGAGCUAAGGCCAUCCUGUCAGCCCUUGGGUCAGCUGACACCCCCGGCCUGCCGUGCCAGACUCCUGCUGUCCUGCUGCAGGAGAUGGCCACCAUCGUGGAGAGGAGCAUGGGGGGAGCCUCGGGAGGGCUGUACAGCCUGUUCCUGACUGCCGGUGCACAGUCUGUGAUGACGUCUGUCACUCCUGCUAGCUGGACCGCUGCGAUGAAGGCUGGUGUAGCAUCCAUCAUCAGGUAUGGAGGUGCUGAUCCAGGUGACAGAACAAUGCUGGAUCCUCUUCAUGCAGCCACUGAAGUCCUGAAGGCACUGCAAGAAGAAACUGCUGAUAGCAUGCCAACUCUACAGAAAGCUGUGGAGGCAGCAGAGAGUUCAGCACAGAGGACAGCCACCAUGGCGGCGAGGGCUGGUCGUGCCAGCUAUGUCAGCACAGAUCGCCUGACCAGACCUGACCCUGGGGCGCAGGCAGUGGCUAUCUGGAUGAGAGCUAUCUACAGCUCACUAGAAAAGUAGUUUUCCUGAUUAGCUAUAGUUAGCCAAAUUAAGAAUCUAGACCCAGAAUAUAAUUUUC